CAGUAUGCAAAGAGUUGCAAUUACAUCUGCAAGAGUUUUUUGUUCGUUUCACGAUUUGCUUUUUACGUGGCAAAGUUGUUGAUGAUAGACAGAAGCAAAUUCUGGUACUCGGAAAAAUAUUUUUGCUAUCAUACACAAUGUUUCGCACACUGCAGAAUAAAGCGUUUUGCUUAGCAAUAAUUUAUGGCGUCUUGCUGGUAGUGGCAGAUACUAAAGUUACUUCAGGCAAUAAUUCUUCAAAUCCAUUACUAUCACUUUCACGCGCGAUAACAACUUUGUCUACAACGAGGUCAAUAUUUACUAGUCCCAUGGUCAUUGUAAAUGCAUCAAUAACCAUUUCAAUGAAUUUUACAACUGGUCAAACCAUUAAAAAAAUUUCAAGCACCUCAACUGGCCAUGCUUCUAAAACACCAUCUCCAACACCAGCCAGUCCACCAAAAGAUGAUGGUCGUGAGUUUGAUGGAUUGUCUUUCUUUGGAGGUAUGAUCCUUGGCUCAUUUAUUUGCGUUGCAUUGCUGAUUUUGGUAAAGAUUUAUAAGGCAAAGAAAAGAAGCUACCAUUCCUUGUAAGAUGACGCAUUAAAACUUUUAAUAAGUUUUUUAGCAUUUAAUUAAAAUGCAUGAAUUGUUACAAACUCAGUUUAACAAAAUUAACAAUGAAUAAGUUUGUCAUAAGAACCAGUCGAAAGCUCUAUCGACCUUGGGUUACUAAAUGACAUUGUCAAAGAUUUUUUGCUUAGAUAUACAGUAUGUAGAUACAUCAUAAAUGUUAGUGGGAAAUCUUCGCUAGUAAUAAAUAUACUUAAACAUCCAUCUA